CAACCUUUUCAAAUUACUCUCAUGCGGUCUUGUUGCUCUCCGGCAAUCGAACCUUCCGGCCAACAGCCCCCCUGCCAGGUAAGCGAGAGGUAGCUGCACCCCAGACGUAAUCGCCUUCCCGCCCAGUCGACUUAUCGUCAGCCCUCCACUAACCCAGCCCCACCAUGCAGGCGCACAGGAGCAUAGUCGAGGACCAUGAGGAAGACGUUAUUGCUGUGUUUCAUCCACGGCUUCAAGGGUGGAGAUGAAACAUUCAGAACCUUCCCGAGCCACGUGAAGGCGCUCCUCCAGCAUGCGCUGCCCAAAGUCACCGUCCUCACCAUCACGUACCCCCGGUUUGAGACGCGAGGCGACUUGCACGAGUGCGUCGGUCGCUUCAAAGAAUGGCUGCAAAAUAAAGUCAUAGACCUCGAGGUCGCCAAUUCGACGCCGUCGCCCACCGUCGACCCUUCUGUGCGCACGAUACUCGUAGGCCAUUCGAUGGGCGGCAUCGUGGCGGCUGAGACGCUCCUCUCCAUCCUGGCUGAACAGCCGAUCCAUUCACAGUCCAACUCACAAACCGGCUCUACGGGAUCGCUUGCCGACCAUUCGACGCUCAUGUUCCCGUAUAUACAAGGCAUUCUCGCUUUCGAUACACCAUACCUUGGCAUAGCGCCUGGCGUAGUGGCACAUGGCGCGGAGAAGCAUUGGAAUACCGCGAGUUCGGCAUACUCAGCGUACAACAACCUUGCAGGCGCAUUUGGAUGGGGUGGCAGGGACACUGCGGCUGGUGCCAUCGAUACGAGCAAGAUGCUCCCAGCACCCUCGUCUACUGGCGACGCAGCAUCGGCACCGCUCUGGCAACGCUACGGAAAGGUGGCCAUGUUUGCUGGUGCGGCGGGCGCAAUUGCAGCAGGAGGUGCAGCAGCCUACAUGAAGAAAGACCAGAUAACGCAGGGCGUAUCAUGGGCCACAUCACAUCUAGAAUUCGUCGGAGUCUUAGCCCGCCCCGAAGAGAUGCGAAAGCGACUCGAGAAGAUUGCGACACUCACCACGAGCCACGGUCUCGGCUUCUGCAAUAUGCACACCACGCUCGGCCACGCCGUCAACAGCGAGAACAAGGAACACGGUUGGACGGGCAAAGUCGCAGGCAAAGACCGCACCUUCUGCAACCUACCCAAAGGCCCUCUCAAAGACUUCUUCAUGCCCGCGGUGAACGACAAGGCUACAGCAGAAACCUGGGCCCAUACAUCCAUGUUCGAGCCUCGCAACAACCCCGGCUACUACACGCUCAGCGAGACAGCCAAAGAGAAGAUUAUCGAGUGGACAGAGAGUACCGACUGGUACGAAGAGAGCGAGGGACCAUUGACCGGAGAGGUCGGUGAGGAAGCGGAGAUUGUAGAGAGACAAGAGGUAGAUGAGCAGAUGCAGAAAGAAGCUGAUAGGAAGGAAGCAGAGGAAUUACAGAAGGCGAGGGAGAGGGGUGAUGUCGAUGCGCUCGAGGAUGAGGGCGAAUUUGUGGACUUGAAGAGGACGGGUGAGGUUGUGAAUGGGGAUGAGGAGGCGAGGAAGAGGAGGGAGUUGUGAGUAGUGUGGGGGGGUUGUUUUGUGAGUCUGUAUACCCUUUGAUUCUAUGAGAAUGAAUACAUGACCCUUCUCAGCAAGAGCGGAACAUUUUCAGAUCCCCAAAUAGGUGAUAUCCGCGGUGCCUGUUUCAAUGUCCGGUUCACAGCUUAUAUUGCAUGCCCGCACGGCGUUCGUUCUCUUGCAAGUUAGCUCAUCAAGGCUGGGCGGCACCCAGACCGGUAAGACCACUUGGCGUACAGGCCCCCGAUAGUUAUUGGGGUUCUGUCCACCAGUAGCAUCGCUCGAUAAACAACUGCCCUGUAAUUUGCUGCAAGCAGUCAUUAUGGCCC